UAAUUGGCACCUGCAUGCUCUCUCAAUGGCUGUGUAUUCACUUGCAGUGUGGGAAAUGUGCACUGACCAUUUGGAAACUUGGGCACUGCCCGAGGGCCCGGGGUCAGUAGGGGGCCCCAUGAGAUGCCCCUGGUACCUUUUUCAUAGGCUUUUUUGAGUUUGGGCAAGGACACAGGGGCCUCAUGAUCCCCUAUUGCCCAGGGGCCCCAUGAGUUGUCAGUCUGCCCCUGGCACUGAACAUGCUUUCCCACUCUGUGUUGUGCAAUGUGAUCCUAGGUGCAAUGCACACCAGGGAACACCCUGUACAAUGGUUGU